GAACACUAUGCGUGGCCGCGCAGCGCGAGCACGAGCAGCUCGUGUGGGGGAGCUCACGAACACAUAGGAGCGGAUCGUCGGGAUCAUACACGCAGGAAAAACACGCGAAUGUGAACGUAGUGUAAAUGAUGAAGGAUGCGCUCGCGGGGAAAGGUCGCGAGAAUCGCUUGAAGAAGAAUGUGAGGAAAUCUUCAUCAGAUCUGACAGGGAUUAACACACAGACACACACAUCAGAGCUGUUUGAGCAGGGAAAGGGAAUAUCAGGAAUGGGGAACUGGAUAUUUCAUCAAAACAGGAGAGAAGAUCUGACAAGACUGUCGACCAGUGAAUAGGAAUUUGUCCGGAGGGGAGAAGAGAGUGAAUGUGUGUUUUCUUCAAUGAAUGAAGCAAGUAGGCGGCGUUUAAGACUGGUCUGAAGACAGGAGAAACGUGCUGGGAGUUUUCUCUCUACAUUGGAAUCUUGCAGCAGUGGCGGCCAUUUUUAAGGACCAUGUGGUUAACGGUACGCAAACGGCAUUUCUUUUCGCACCAUCAUGACUGCUGUGGCAGCAGAGCUAAAGUUUCUUUGUGGAUAUGGAUUUUUUGCUAUUGUGCGACGCUUGUCCGAGGACAGGGCUACUACCCUACCGUGAACACGCAGUAUGGGAAGUUACGAGGGGCGCGGGUUCCUUUGCCCAGUGAGAUCCUAGGACCGGUGGACCAGUACCUGGGCGUGCCGUACGCCGCCCCUCCAGUCGGGGAGAAACGCUUCCUACCCCCCGAGGCGCCCUCCUCUUGGUCAGGGAUCAAGAACGCCACUCACUUCGCCCCGGUGUGCCCGCAAAACAUUCACAACGCCGUGCCGGAAAUCAUGAUGCCCAUCUGGUUCACCUUUAAUUUGGAUAUAGUUGCCACGUAUAUACAAGAGCAAAACGAGGAUUGUUUGUAUCUGAACAUCUACGUUCCAACAGAGGAUGUCAAAAGAAUAUCCAAGGAAUGUGCCAGAAAACCCAACAAGAAAAUUUGUAGGAAAGGAGGAACCCAUUCGAAAAAACAGGGCGAGGAUUUAUCAGAGAACGACGGUGAUGAAGAUGAAGACAUACGAGAUACUGGAGCCAAACCUGUGAUGGUCUACAUUCACGGUGGGUCGUACAUGGAAGGCACGGGGAACAUGAUCGACGGAAGCGUGCUGGCCAGCUACGGGAACGUCAUCGUUAUUACACUCAACUUUCGAGUCGGCGUUUUGGGGUUCCUGAGCACAGGAGACCAGGCUGCUAAAGGGAAUUAUGGGCUUCUAGAUCAGAUUCAGGCUCUGCGCUGGAUCAGUGAGAACAUUGGCUAUUUCGGUGGCGAUUCCAAUCGCAUCACUGUUUUCGGAUCAGGAAUCGGUGCCUCCUGCGUGAGCUUGCUGACUUUAUCGCACCAUUCUGAAGGACUCUUUCAUCGUGCCAUAAUCCAGAGCGGCUCAGCCUUGUCCAGCUGGGCCGUCAACUACCAGCCGGUUAAGUACACAAGGCUGCUAGCGGAGAAAGUGGGCUGUAAUGUGCUCGACACACUGGACAUGGUGGAUUGCCUGAGAAAGAAGAGCGCACGCGAGCUGGUCGAACAAGACAUCCAGCCGGCGAGAUACCACGUGGCCUUUGGCCCAGUCAUUGACGGCGAUGUCAUUCCAGAUGACCCUGAGAUCCUGAUGGAGCAGGGCGAGUUUCUCAACUAUGACAUCAUGCUGGGUGUCAACCAGGGCGAGGGCCUGCGAUUUGUGGAGAACGUUGUGGACUCUGAAGACGGUGUCUCGGGCAACGAUUUCGAUUUCUCCGUCUCGGACUUCGUGGACAGUCUAUACGGUUACCCGGAGGGCAAGGAUACUCUACGAGAGACCAUCAAGUUCAUGUACACAGACUGGGCCGACAGAGACAACCCCGAGACGCGCCGCAAGACGUUGGUGGCGCUGUUUACUGAUCAUCAAUGGGUGGAGCCUUCGGUGGUAACAGCAGACCUUCACGCCCGCUACGGCUCCCCCACCUACUUCUACGCCUUCUACCACCACUGCCAGAGUUUGAUGAAGCCUGCCUGGUCAGACGCAGCUCACGGAGACGAGGUCCCCUACGUCUUUGGUAUCCCCAUGAUUGGCCCAACAGACCUCUUCCCCUGCAACUUCUCCAAAAACGAUGUGAUGCUCAGUGCCGUCGUCAUGACCUAUUGGACAAACUUCGCCAAAACUGGGGAUCCCAAUAAGCCAGUGCCUCAGGAUACAAAGUUCAUCCACACUAAAGCCAACCGCUUCGAAGAGGUGGCCUGGUCUAAAUACAAUCCUCAAGACCAGCUGUACCUGCACAUCGGACUGAAGCCACGUGUCCGGGAUCACUACCGCGCCACUAAAGUGGCUUUCUGGAAGCACCUGGUCCCUCAUCUGUACAACCUACAUGAUAUGUUUCACUACACCUCCACCACCACCAAAGUGCCACCACCUGAGACGACUCAAAAUUCCCUUUCCAUCAACCGGCCCAACGGAAAGGCCUGGCCGUUUAACACCAAACGACCUCCCAUGUCUCCGGCCUACAACAGCGAGAGCGGGAAGGAACAGUGGAACGGAGAAGAGGAACCAGGACCUCUGGUGGUGGAGAACCCGCGGGAUUACUCGACCGAGCUGAGCGUGACUAUCGCAGUCGGGGCUUCGCUCUUGUUCCUCAAUGUUCUGGCGUUCGCCGCGUUGUACUACCGCAAGGACAAACGUCGGCAGGAACAGCACCCGCAGCCCAGCCCGCCCCGAUCCGCCACCGGCAACGACGUCAACCGGCACGGCCCCGACGAGGAGAUCAUGUCUUUGCAGGUCAACCAGUCGCACCACGAGUGUGACGCUGGGCCGCCCGGUGACCCACUUCGUCUGGCCUCGCUUCCCGACUACACGCUGACUCUGCGCCGCUCGCCGGAUGAUAUCCCAUUAAUGACGCCGAACACCAUAACCAUGAUUCCCAACUCGCUGGUGGGUAUGCCUAACCUACAUCCGUACAACACCUUCACAGCCGGCUUCAACUCCACCGGCCUGCCGCAUUCCCACUCGACCACGCGUGUAUAGCUUUACGAAGAUCCGGAUAAAGGAGGGGACGAGAGGUUUCGGUUUUUACGUCACGCCGAGCAGAGAGGAAUAAGGACAAUGAAGGAGACAAAAGCAUUUGAGUAAACGUUCGCAACAAGGAGCGAAAAGAGUUCUUUCCAGAUGUCAAGAUGUGCAAACCUGCCAAAACAAAACUGCUCUCUUUGAGAAGGGGCGAACGUUUCAAGCAGUAUUUUUUCUAAUCAUCAUUUUAAAAGAAAAACGCCUUUUUAAGCCAGAACCGGGCAAACGGGGCGAUCACUUUUUCUUGAAUAAUUAACAAAAAAAUAAGAAAAACAAAGGAAAGUGCAUUUUAUUUCCCAUCACAAUCUUUUGUGGGAAACAAGUUUGAAAACAGUGCCAUCUACUUCAUAUCGCUUUUCAUUAUCUUUUAAAUGCCUUAUAAAGAGCUUGUUUUCUUUCUCUUUAUUCACUGAUCUAUCCCUGAGAUGAGUUUUUGUGUUGUGAUCUGACUGGGAUUCCAGGAAACGUGGAAAACAGGGAAUUGAAACAGUAUCAGCAGAGCAUUUUCAUAACCUCACACGUGAUGUUUUAACUUCUUUUCUUGGUUCCACUGAAAAUCCUUUGUUUGAAACUUUGCCAUGGGACAAGACUAGAGACUUUUAAACUUACUGUAACUGUUUUGCAUCUUUUACAACAAAAAUGGGAUCUUCAUGAAAUGCACACGUACACCCAACAAUCACAACACUGUUCGGUGUGUGUGUGUCUGUGUGCGAGUGUGUGCGUGCGUGUGUGUGUGUGUACAUUUGAUUUCCUCUUGCCAUCAUUUUUUGUUGUUGAAUAUUCGUGUGAUAAGGGUGGGGCGGGGGGCUGGGGGUUCUUUACCAUCGCAUUGAUUUUGUUUACCACAAAUAGUGUUUCAACUGCGUCUAUGGUCGUCUGUCUUUGCGAUAUAGAACCUUUUUGUUAUUUUUAAAAAGUUACAUAUGUCUAAUUUUGCUUAAGAAUUACAAAAUAAAAGUCUAUUAUUUUACAUGCAAGAGAAAACAAUAGCUUAAGAUUGAACUGAACUAACAGACAUGAUUCUCCAUUUGACUUUGUAAGCGUUUUUCUCGACCGGAGACGGUGGCCUCGAUACACUGAAUAAUCCGUCAGUGUAGACCUGUGUUUCCUUAAAUAUAUAUAUAAAUAUGGAAAUACAUACAUAUAUGUAUAGGGCUUUUAUGAAGAUUUAUGCUCCCAUUGACCUAAACGUGCAAAUGAGCACUAUUAGAUUCAGAUAUUAGGAUGAAAGCACCAAUAUACAGAGUUAACACCAUAAUCU